GCUCUUUGCUUUUGAUGCACUGAAAUUGAAGAGAAACGAAGGCUGAUAGGAAAAGAGAAGAAAAGGGAAAGGGAAAGGGAAAUUUGAGGAAAUAAUGGGAAUAAAAGGAAUAGUAAAGAAAGCGGUGGAGGUGGGAGAGAUGGGAUUCAACAAAGAUGGUGGAGCCAUUAACUGGUUCCCAGGCCACAUGGCCGCCGCCACUCGCGCCAUUCGUAGCCGCCUCAAGCUCUCCGACCUCGUCAUCGAAGUUCGCGAUGCUCGUAUUCCAUUUUCAUCUGCUAAUCAAGACUUGCAACCUCAGCUCUCAGCUAAAAGACGCGUCAUUGCUCUCAACAAGAAAGAUUUAGCCAACACCAAUGUCCUCAAUAAAUGGGUCCGUUAUUUUGAUUCGAGUAACCAAGAUUGCCUUCCUAUAAAUGCACAUAGCAGAAGUUCUGUUAGAAAGGCAUUUAUAACUUAUUCUGAUGUCUGGUUGAAGUUUAUAACGGAGAUAAGGUUCUGUGCACAUUGUCCCUCUUGGAUAAUGUCAUUCCAGCUUCUUGCUCUUGUGGAGUUCAAAUUGAAGGAAGUUAUUUCUAGAGAACCUACACUCCUUGUUAUGGUAGUUGGUGUUCCUAAUGUGGGGAAAUCAGCUUUGAUAAAUUCAAUCCAUCAAAUUGCAUCAACUCGCUUUUCUGUGCAGGAGAAGAUGAAACGAGCCACUGUGGGUCCAUUGCCAGGUGUUACUCAAGAUAUUGCUGGUUACAAGAUUGCUCAUCAACCAAGCAUUUAUGUGCUUGAUACACCAGGAGUACUAGUUCCAAACAUCCCAAACAUAGAGACAGGGUUAAAGCUAGCUUUGGCAGGGUCUGUAAAGGAUUCAGUAGUCGGUGAGGACCGCAUUGUACAAUACCUACUGACUGUGCUGAAUACUCGAGGUACUCCCCUUCACUGGAAGCACUUAGCUAAGCAAAUGGAAGAGAUCACACAAAUUUUUGAGGACAAACCAGGUUACAAUCCAAAAGAUCUUCGGCCAAAAAUGAAGAAGUUGCCCAAUGCAUCUGAUCUACUGUAUGUCAAGGAUCUUGUGAGAGAAGUCCAACAUGCACUGUAUGUGAGUCUUUCCGAAUUCGGUGGCAAUAUCGAAGACGAGAAUGGCAUGGAAUGUCUUAUAGAACAUCAAUUCGAAGUGCUGCAGAAAGCACUGAAGAUACCUCACAAGUCUUCGGAAGCUCGUUUGAUGGUAUCAAAGAAGUUUCUUACUUUAUUUAGGACAGGUAAACUUGGUUCUUUUGUCCUUGAUGAUGUCCCUGAGUUGAACCGUGAACCAUAAAAUAACAUUUCCUCCAUUAUUUCCGUCCUUAAUUUUGAUUAAAUGAACCCUUUUGGGUAUCUUGAAGAAACAUGGCAAGGUUAAAAGCUUUUCCUCCA